GCUUAUGGGCCUGAGCCAUCUAAGCCAGAGGGGGAGCUCUAUCAGAGCUUUGUCAUGACGCUGUUGACCUGCCGAUUGGCAUUCUUGCUAUAUAAACCCCAGGCCCAUCGGGUCGGAUCCUGUCUUCUCCAUCAAACCACUCUCUUUUUUCUUUUUUCCUAUCCUCUAUCUUUACCCUAGUCUUUCUUUUCCCACAGCUGGUCUAACACUUCAUUAUGAAGUACUCUACUGUCUUGGGCGCUGCUGCCGCCCUUUUCGCCGGUUCCGCCGCUGCUGUCGGCGUUACUGGCUCUGCUGAGGGUUUCGCCGAGGGCGUGACCGGUGGUGGUGAUGCCACCCCCGUCUACCCCGACACCCUCGAUGAGCUGGUCUCCUACCUAGGUGACGACGAGGCCCGUGUCAUCAUCCUGACCAAGACCUUCGACUUCACUGACAGCGAGGGUACCACCACCGGCACUGGUUGCGCUCCUUGGGGUACCGCCGCCGCCUGCCAGGUCGCCAUCGACCAGGACGACUGGUGUGAGAACUACGAGCCCGAUGCGCCCUCCGUGUCCGUUGAAUACUACAACGCUGGUAUUCUCGGUAUCACUGUUACCUCCAACAAGUCCCUCGUCGGUGAGGGCUCCGAGGGUAUCAUCAAGGGUCGUGGUCUCCGUAUCGUCAGCGGUGCCGAGAACAUUAUCAUCCAGAACAUUGCCGUGACCGACAUCAACGCCAAGUACGUCUGGGGUGGUGAUGCCAUCACUCUUGACGAGUGUGACCUCGUCUGGAUUGACCACGUUACCACCGCCCGCAUUGGUCGUCAGCACAUCGUCCUCGGUACCAGCGCCGACAACCGUGUCUCCCUCACCAACAACUACAUCGACGGUGUCAGCGAGUACUCCGCCACCUGCGACGGCUACCACUACUGGGCCAUCUACCUUGACGGUGAUGCCGACCUGGUCACCAUGAAGGGCAACUACAUCUACCACACCUCCGGCCGUUCCCCCAAGGUCCAGGACAACACUCUCCUCCACGCUGUCAACAACUACUGGUACGACAUUGACGGCCACGCUUUCGAGAUCGGUGAGGGUGCCUACGUCCUCGCCGAGGGCAACGUCUUCCAGAACGUCGACACCGUCCUUGAGACCUACGAGGGUGAGGCUUUCACCGUCCCCUCCGCCACCUCCGGUGAGGUCUGCGCCGCCUACCUCGGCCGUGACUGUGUCAUCAACGGCUUCGGCUCCUCCGGCACCUUCGACGAGGACAACACCUCCUUCCUCUCCGACUUCGAGGGCAAGAACAUUGCCUCCGCCUCCGCCUACACCUCCGUUGCCGCCAGCGUUGUCGCCAACGCCGGUCAGGGUAACCUGUAAAUCAUGAGCUCAUUGAUUGUCUCGUGAUUCGGUGCGGGGAUGUCUUUGUUGUGUGUCUCCGGCCUCUAUCUAGGCCGUGGCACUGGAUGAAAGAGGUUGAUUUUUUAAUCCUUUCGUGUAAUUAUUCUUGGGGUGUUAAUAUGACCUCGCUAUCUAUACUAC